AUGGUGAGUGCACAUCACCGGAGUUAUUACACGCUCAAGAAUGCGGCCCUGCGAUGGUAUCUCCCACUAUAUCUACUCCUUUUGCUACAGCUGUUUCCGAGUGUGCGAUCGCUACAGAAGGAGUUGACCGUCAGCAUUGGACCCGGCAGUGUGGACUGUUUCUUCGAAUCGGCCAAAGCCGGUCAAACGAUCGACCUCGAGUAUCAGGUGAUAGACGGUGGGCAUGGUGAUUUGGACAUAAGUUUCGAGCUGGCAGAAGUUACCGGACGGACCAUAUUUGCCGAUUACAAAAAGUCGGACAACAUACACCGGUUUCCGGUGCCGUACGAUGGCGAGUACAAGUUUUGCUUCGACAAUGGGUUUAGCCGGGCGAACAGUAAGACGGUUUUUUUCGAGCUUAUCAUCGAGCGGGAAGGUGAACAGGAGGAUGCGGGCUGGUCCGAUAUCGAUCUGCUCGAGGGCCUUACGCCGGAAGAGUUUUACGAGAUGAAGGUACAGGACAUGGAGGACGCGAUCAAGCGCGUAAGGAACAAUUUGACGAAAGCCCGCCAACUACAGGACAUUUUGCGUUCGCACGAAGCCCGGGACCGUAAUGUGGCGGAGGAGAACUACUUUAAGGUGAACGUGUGGUCCUUCCUGCAGAUACUGGUCAUGGUGGGUGUCGGUACGGUGCAGGUACUGAUGGUGAAAUCACUGUUCGAUGUGGAAUCGAGAGCGUACAAGCUGCUCACGAAGUUUUAA